AUGGAGCAGUUCAUCCGAUACCUGGAGGUCAAUUUCGCUAUUCUGUGCUGCUUCUUUUCGGGAGUCCUGACCUUGAGCAAGCUGCCGCACGAGCUGUGGAGCAGCACCGAGUCCGGUGUGGUGGUCGUUUCGAAGAAGCUGAGAGAGGAGUACAGUGCGAAGGUCGAUGCGGUUGCACAAACCAUCCGACAGAGAGGGCCUCCUCCGAAGGGUGGGAUCUCCACUCAUUCCUUGCUAGUGAUGCAUCGCUUGCUGUGGAUUGGCACGGCAUUGGCCAGCAGCGACAUGAGGCUUUUCGUUGCCAUAGGUUUGCUGCAAUUCGUUGCUGCGCCAUAUUCCCUGGUUUGCUCAUUCAUGCUCUUUCUGAUGCACUUCUGCACCAUGUGUCUCGGGCACCUGGCAUCUGGGUUGGCUCUGAGUGUCAUCCCACUGCCCCACUGCUUCAGCGUGGAGAUUGGUAGCGCAGUGAUCGGUAUCGUACUCCUGCUCGACUUCGCGGCGACAGCAUACUAUGCCUUUUGGGCCUGUUCCGAUGGCCUGCCAAAGAAGCUGCCCCUGCGAGAGACUCUCUACCACAUGAUCUACGGCACCUUCCAGGCCAAGACGUACAUCUUGCUUGUGCUCGUCAUGUGCCGUGGGCAUCGGCUAAACAUCGCCUGGCUGGCACUGGAUGCUGUGGCAGGCGUCUCGCCACUGGUCAACAACUUCAUGCAGAAGACGGUCCUGUCUUGGGAGAGUCUCUUCUAUCACAUUCAUCGGAUGGAACACCUUCCGGGUGUGUACGAGCAUGCGCACCGAUUGCACCACUACCUUCCAGAUGGGACCGCCUGGGAUGCCCACGUCCACAGUGGAGCCGGCUUCCCAGAAGAGUGGUUCUACCUGAUGCACGACAUUUUCCUGGUGCGAGUUCUGGGGCUCCCUCCUCCCUUCAUGACUUACCGGCUCCUGAAGUACCAGCUGGGAAACAAAGACGGCCACCAGCGCCGCGUGGAGCCUUACCAGGUAGAGCAGUACCAUCAGGAUCAUCAUCUCUUCCAUCGGAAGAACUUCGGUUUCAACAGGCCAUGUUUGGACAUGAUCUUCGAUACGUACAAGCCCACAGCGAAGAAGCACCUAGAGGUUAACGGGGCGAUCUACUUAAAGGAGGAGACCUCCGAGAGCAUCAUGAUUCACAUCAAGGUGGUCGACCAAAAGCUUCUUUUCCAAAGUUCACAGCGGCCGGCAGCAUGGCAGAAGCCUCGGCUGCCGCCCCGCGUGUACAGACGGCCUUUCCUGCCUGCAGCUGUACAGAGCGAUGGCACGAACCUACGCUACAGACGGCAGAUUCACGAGUCUGCCAAGCGCCCGCCCAGCGUCGAUGAGUUGACAUCGACAUCCCGCUUCCCCGAGAUGAUCGGCCAUGCCGCGAUGGAAGCCUGGUUGGCAUCGGCUGUGCAUGAGCCACCGCUCAUGGAAGAUGUUGUCUUCCUGUCCUCUCAGAUUUCGGAGACGGAAGUCUUCAAUUCCAUCACCAGCGACGGUAUGUCCCCGACAUCUGCGAGCCUGAGGGAUAGUAGCGGUGGGCACAAACAUGCAUCUCAAUCGCAUGCCAUUGGCGAGAACGCCACUACGCCGACUUCGAAGGAAGUUGGUUUACGAGGCGGAUCCAAAUCAAAAUUCAACCAGCAGCCCCUCUGCUGCAAAGCAGUGUUGUGGUGUUUUGGCUAUGCCAGCCGGCUCAGUGGCUGUAUCCCAAUGUACAAUCUGGAGCCAUCAGAAGGCAGUGCUGUCUUUACACAGGACAAGGAAUUAACCAUCGAAGACUUCGAAGGCUUCAAUACAUCGAGACCCUUCCCCAAGAGUUCACAAGCGAAGCGUCCCAAUCAGAAGUCGAGCUUAAGUUUCGACGACUCCAUCGGUGACGAGCGGCUUGCACCCAAACCAUCGAAACCUCAGGCGCUGGACGCGGAACUAGAACCAGAUGAUCUUCCCGAAUACCCGCUGAUGGAAGACGAGGACGACCGUCUCAUGUCGCGGCAGCCAUCUCGUCAAGGUGGUGCCAGUCCGCGCCCUGGCAGCAGCAUGGGCCGGACGCUGUCUCGAAGGUCCAAUCCCCCACUUCCCACACGGCCGGGAAGCAGUGCAUCUCCCAGGAAAAAGACUCACUCCAUGAACGACGUUCUUUCGGGGUCGUCUUCGCAAGUCCUUAUUCCCCCGGAGACGGAACUGCUCCGUCAGCUCGAGGCUCGGAUCGUUUUGCUUGAGCAGGAAGACUUCGAGUUCGUGGACCCCUUGCCUGGAGCUUCCGCGGAAGCUCCCCUUAGCUCCCCCGGAUCAGGAUCAGGUGGAGUGGAUCUCUCCCUGGCCUUCGAUCUUGCCGAGGUUGGGCAUUUUCUGAGGCGGGCCCUGGACGGAGGGCACCUGCGCACUUCUGGUCGGCGCUCUGCCUGCGAGGGCCUGACAAAGGCCGCUCGAUCUUUGUUGGCCUUCCUACUCAAGCCGAGGACGGUUUUGGCCGAGGUGUUAGCCACGUCCGAGGAGGACCCGGCCAGCUACAGGCAUGGCGUCAAUCUCAAAGUUUGGCUGGGAAUUCUCCAGCAGGCGCUGGAAGAGUUCGUCGAUUUCGCUGUGGAUGGGGUGCUGGAGCCAGAUGUGCCUUUCUUGGGCUUUGGAUCUCGCUCUCAGGCGCUUCUGGAUGGGGCUCCUCUCUGUGCGUGCGGACGUGGCCCGGGCGAGUGCAGGAGGAGUGGGAGAGACUUCACCUGGAAGGCAGACCGCCUGGACCCCGCCGUGGUGGAUGCGGCAGGCGAUCGCUGCAAGAGUUUCGACAACUUCUUGCUCACUGCCAGCACGUGGUGCCGCGGACGAAGCCUGUCUGAAGCCCGCCUGGACUUUGCUCACUAA